AUGGAUGACCACGGCGACUUCGACAGUGUGUCCUGGCAACGAGAAGAUGCGCAACAACCCGAAUCAUCUGCGUUCCAUGCCAGCCUCCCAACCAGAUCCGCUGAUGGUCAGAGAAGCGACAGCAUGUCCAGCGAGCCUCAGGCGGGUGAACAGGCGGACGAGGUCGAUCUGGCGGGACUGGGUCGAGAUGGCAUAUUGGAAGUUACAGUCGAUACUCCACUGAAAGAGAAUGAUGGCACCAAAGAUGCAUACGUAUCUUACUUGGUUACUACGCAUACAGACUUCAAGACUUUCCAGAAGCCCGACUUUUCAGUUCGACGACGGUUCACCGACUUCGUGUUCCUUUGGCGGAGUUUACAUCGAGAUUACCAAGCAUGCGCAAUACCUCCAUUGCCAGAGAAGAACAAUAUGGCUUACGUGAGAGGGGAUCGCUUCAGCACAGAAUUUACUCAACGACGGGCAUGGUCAUUACAUCGCUUCAUAAAACGUUGCACUUUACAUCCGGUCUUGCGGAGAGCUCCAAUCCUCAUCCUCUUCCUCGAAACUAGCGAUUGGAACGCACAAAUGCGCUUGAGACCCUCCCGGAGUAAUACGAUGGGCGAUGGCAGCAGCAGUGCAGCCACCCCAUCGGGCUUCUUCGAUAACGUCGCAGAUACCAUGCUGAAUGCCUUUUCCAAGGUCCACAAGCCAGACAAGAGGUUCAUUGAAGUAACAGAAAGAGCAAACAAACUGGAUGAAGAUCUAUCUCAUGUUGAAAAGAUUCUUGCUCGGGUGGUGCGAAGAGAAGGUGACCUCGAAACGGACUAUGCUGAGUUGGCCACCAAUAUGCGCAAACUCACACCUAUGGAGCCGGCCAUUGAAGCUCCUUUGCAGACCUUCGCCGGCUGCGUGGAAGAGACAUCGAGAGGUUGGAAAGGGCUGAAAGAUCAUACAGAUCAAAAUUACUUGGGUAGUCUCCGGGAUAUGGAGGCAUACAUCAACUCGGUGAAAUCGUUACUGAAGACUCGGGAGCAGAAGCAACUCGACUUUGAAGGUCUCACCGAUUACUUACAAAAGGCAACAUCCGAACGCGACAUGCUCGCAUCCAACAGUCCGUACUCCCACGGAUCCAAUCUCAAUCCAGCCAAAUUUAUCCGAAACAAGGUUGAAGAUAUGAGGGGCGUUGACCAUGAGACGGCAAGACGAGAGCGAGCCAGGAAGCUGGAACUCAAGAUCGCCGAACUGAACCGAGAAGUUGACAGUGCCAAAGGAACGAGCGAAAUGUUCGACGAGCAGGUGGUACGUGAGGUGGCUGAUUUUGAAAGAAUAAAAGGUCUUGAAUUCAGAGACAGUCUUGGAUCAUUGGCGACACAGCACAUGGAGUUCUACCAGAGUGUGAUCUCGACCUGGGAACGCUUUUUGGUGGACAUGGAUGCUGACAAGCACCUGCAUAAGGAUAAAGGCAGGGCUGCAGCGUGA